AUGAUAAAAAGUAUGCUGAAAAUAAGGAACAAUGUGGAUAUAAGUGAAUACCCAAAACUAAAUGCUUUCUUAAAACUACAAUCAGACAGUUUUACAACUAAAAAGUCGAAAAUAUUAACAUCGAAUGAAGUGGAAAGGUUUUUGAACGAAGCUCCCGAUGAUCGUUAUUUAGCCACAAAGGUUGGGCUGAAUUUUGGCGUUGUUGGAACUUGCCGCAGAGAGGAGUUAGCCAAUACUACUUUAAAAGAUAUUGAAGCCCAUGGAAAAAUGCUACUAAUCAAGAUUCCGAAUACAAUAAAUAAGAUACCGAGAAGCUUUGUUGUUGAAGGAGAUUUUCAUAGAAUAGUGCAAAAAUAUAUGAAUCAGCGGUCUCAAAAAGCAAAAACCGACCGUUUUUUCCAAAAAAGGGAAGUGUACAGCUCAAGCAAACGGGAUAAAGAAAUUUGGUAA